AUGCUCCGGGCCAAUACAGCCUGCCUCGGGCCAAUACAGCCUUCCCCGAGCCAAUACAGCAUGCUCUGGGCCAGUACAGCCUGCCCCGGGCCAAUACAGCAUGCUCCGGGCCAGUACAGCCUGCCCCGGGCCAGUACAGCCUGCCUCGGGCCAAUACAGCAUGCCUCGGACCAAUACAGCAUGCUCCGGGCCAAUACAGCUUGCCUCGGACUAAUACAGCCUGCCUCGGACCAAAACAGCCCCACGGGCCGAUACAGCAUGCUCCGGGCCAAUACAGCAUGCCCCGAGCCAAUACAGCAUGCUCCGGGCCAGUACAGCCUGCCUCGGGCCAAUACAGCAUGCCUCGGACCAAUACAGCAUGCUCCGGGCCAAUACAGCCUGCCUCGGACUAAUACAGCCUGCCUCAGACCAAUACAGCCCAACGGGCCAAUACAGCAUGCUCCGGGCCAAUACAGCAUGCUCCGGGCCAAUACAGCAUGCCCCAGGAAGGAGGAGAGGAGAGGAAAGGAGAAGGACAAGAAAGAGAGAAAAGGAGGACAAGAAGGAGAGGAAAGGGGAGGACAAGGAGGAGAGGAAAGGGGGAGGACAAGGAGGAGAGGAAGGGAGAAGGACAAGGAAGAGGCGAGGAAAGGAGGAGAGAAGGAGGAAGUGGGGAAAGGAGGGGGACAAGGAGGCGAGGAAAGGGGGAGGACAAGGAGGAGAGGAAAGGGGAAGGACAAGGAGGCGAGGAAAGGGGGAGGACAAGGAGGAGAGGAAAGGGGGGGCAGAAGGAGAGGAAAGGAGGGGGACAAGAAGAAGAGGUGGAGAGGAAAGGAGAAGGACAAGAAAGAGAGGAAAGGAGGAGGACAAGAAGGAGAGGAAAGGGGGAGGACAAGGAGGAAAGGAAGGGAGAAGGACAAGGAAGAGGCGAGGAAAGGAGGAGAGAAGGAGGAGGUGGGGAAAGGAGGGGGACAAGGAGCAGACGAAAGGGGGAGGACAAGGAGGCGAGGAAAGGGGGAGGGCAAGGAGGAGAGGAAAGGGGGGGCAAGAAGGAGAGGAAAGGAGGGGGACAAGGAGGAGGCGAUGAAAGGGGGCGGACAAGGAGGAGGCGAGGAAAGUGGGUGGACAAGGAGGAGGCGAGGAAAGGAGAAGGACAAGGAAGGGUCGAGGAAAGUGGGUGGACAAGGGGGACAUGAAAGGGGGAGGACAAGGGGGGACAGGAAAGGGGGAGGACAAGAAGGAGAGAAAAGGAUGAGGACAAGGAAGAGGCGAGGUAAGGGGAGGACAAGGAGGCGAGGAAAGGAGAAGGACAAGGAAGAGGCGAGGAAAGGGGGUGUCCAAGGAGGCGAGGAAAGGAGAAGGACAAGGAAGAGGCGAGGAAAGGAGGAGGACAAGGAGGAGGCGAGGAAAGGAGGACAAGGGGGCGUGGAAAGGAUGAGGACAAGGAAGAGGCGAGGUAAGGGGAGGACAAGAGGAAAGGAUGAGGACAAGAAGGUGAGUUGGAGAGGAAAGGAUGAGGACAAGGAGGAGAGGAAAGGGGGGGACAAGGAGCAGGUGAAGCAAAGGGCAGGAGAAGGAGUAGGACAAGAAGGGGGAGGCUGGGAGGAGGAGAAGGACAAGGGGUGGCAGAAGGUGGCGGAGAAAAAGGAGUAG